AUGUUCUCCAGCACCACGGAGGUGGACUGCUGCCUCGAGGAGUUUGCCAGGGUUCUGGUAGCUAACGGAUACAUCGGUGAGGACUCAUGCUUCAACGAUGCUGAUAUCCCGUCAUUGCUCAAUGCCUUUGAGUCGUCCAGUGUGCUGGACUCGCCGGACAGUUUCUCGGUCAGUCCGUGCGGCUACGGGGAUCUUUCUCGAGCUCUAGACAUGGCGCAGAUGACCAGUCAAAGCCUGCUGGACUCGUGUCUCUCGGACAACUUGGCCCACAUGAAACCAUCUGCCGGUGAGCUACAUCCCGUCUCGUCGCAAAUUUCUUACAUUGACCACCCAGUGGUCAGCGAUUCCCGCCCCAUGGUCAGCGAUUCCCGCCCCAUGGUCAGCGAUUCCCGCCCUACCUCAUUCAAGGACAAUAUUUGCUCAAAUAAUGUGUUUGUAAACAAUGUUCAUGGUCACAUCAACAUGUACAGUGACAGCCUCAAUAAGGAGCACAAAGCCACCAUACCAGUCUGCAACACGGAAGGCAGCAGAAGUCUUCUACCUCCUUCAUUAGAAACCCAUUUAGAGACUAGCAGUUGUCAGUUGGACCUGCUGUGUCAAAACAUUCCUGUAUAUGACGUAUUUCCGCCAACACACGAACCUCAGCAAUCAUCUCUCUACUUACAGAACACAACAGUCAGCCCCGGAAACGCUUCCCCUGAAGUUCUGUCCUCAAGACCAAAACAAAAACGGAAACGACGAAGCAAAGGUUACGCCAAAACAACAAAGGCAAAGAAAAGGAAAACUAGAGAGUUAACAGAAACAAAGGUCCCGUCGAAGCCGAAGAAACGGAAGUUACCGACACAAAGUGUACAAGAACAACAUUCUAUUCCACCGGAUAGAAGUUCGCAGGAUGCUAGUGACGAUGUCCCACAGGAAGACAGUGGGUUUGAGUCCGCAGACGGGAAGAUGGGGAGCACUUCAGGCAGCACUGUCGACGGGGCUUUGGGAGGUGCACUUUCGAGUGAAAACCCCGAGUCUGUCGACAACUCUGGGGCAAAUCAAUCCCUUCGACGAUCUUCGAGGACAUCUCGCAAUCCAGAAAACUAUAACUUUCGAACCAGUUCUCUGGUGAAGAGAGUGGAAACAGAGCGACGACAGCAGCAACCCAGGCAACCCAAGGACAAGAGCAAACCGGUACCACUGAGCAAGUACCGGCGUCGGACGGCCAACGCUCGGGAAAGAGACAGGAUGAAGGAGAUCAAUGAUGCCUUCGACACACUGAGGUCUUCCUUGCCAACAAUCCAACGAGAUGACGGCAAGAACAAAAUCACAAAAUUCACGAUUCUGAAACACGCACUGAACUACAUCAUAUUCCCAUCCAUGCAUGACGAUGAGACCAGCUCUGACUUGUCCUCCAUUCGACCAGGUAGCGUGGCUAGUUUCUCAGCUGAAGACAGCUGUUCCAGUCCCACAAGUGGCCACUCCACAACCAGCAAUCCUAUCAGCAGCAAGUUGUUUUUUUCUCAGAUACUCCAUCUGCACACGGACAAAGUCCAGACAUGA